ACUUCCAAACCCACUACAAAGGUUAAAAAUUCUCCACCUAUGAAGAAGACUAGAACUCCUCCUCCAAAGCCCCCUCAAGUGACACUUCCACGUCCGGUCCAGGUUCAGGAUCAGCAUCCAAAUCUGACCGAAGACACAAUUCAACCUGUGGAUCUCCAACUUAGCAUAGCUGUACAGCCUAUUACUGAAGAUGAGCUUUCUCCAACCAUGCAAGAGAACCCAGUUCAGCCUACUGAGCCCCCUAUGGAGGUGGUACCUCAAUCACCAGUUCCAACACCAGGUCAGGAUGAAGUUCAGUAUCCAACAUCACCCAGCCCCUCAUUUGAAACUUUAGGCCUGGAUCUCACCAUAACUCCAGAACCCACUACAGGGGCUGACCUCAGUACAGCCCCACUGAACCCUACAGCUCCUCUAAAGCAUCCUGACCAGAUGCAGGCUCACCAUCCAAAUCUGACCCAAGUCUCAGUUCGACCUUUUGAAGUAGAACUUACCUCAACUCCAGAACCCACUACAGAGGCUGAACAUUUUACCAAUGUGAAGACGACAACAGCUCUUCCUCCAAAGCACCCUGGGACACUUCCACAUCCAGUCCAGGAUCAGGCUCAGCGUCCACACCUGAAUGAAUUCACAGUUCGGCCUUCCAAUCUGGGAAUUACCUUAACUUCAGAGUCCAGUUUGCAGGGUGAAUCUUCUCAAACCACGCAGGACACCCUAACUGAGACUCCAGAGCCACCUAAGGAGUUUAUACCUCAAGCUCCAGUGUAUUAUGCAAUGACAGUUCCAAUGUCAGGUCAGGAUCAAACCCCGCAUUCAGUGUCUCUUACAGAACUAGAUCUUAGCGUGACUCCAAUACCUACUGCAGGGGCUGGAUAUUCUCCAGACCUGAAGAUGACAGAGUCUCCUCCAAAGGAGGUGACACUUCCACAUCUAGACCAGGUUCAGAUUCAGCAUCCAAAUCUGACCCAAGUCACAAUUCUACAUUUUGAUCUAGAACUUACCUCAACUGCAGAACCCACUACAAAGGCUAAACAUUCUAAGACAACAGCUCCUCCUCCGAAGGUUGAGGUGACGCUUCCACAAGUCACACUUCAGACUUUAAAGCAGGAGCUUACCAAAUCUUCACACCCUACUACAGAGGCUAAACGUUUGUCUGUGCAGGAAACCUCAACUACAGAGACUACAAUUCAAACUCCAACAUCAGGUCAAGAUCAAACUCAGCAUCCAACGUUGCCAGUUACAGAGGCAAAUAACACUCCAACUCCUCCACAGCACACUGAAGUGACACCUCCACAUUCAGAACAGCUUCAGUCUGGUCUGAAACGCACCACUAUUCCACAUCCUGUAAAUCCCACCACAGAAAAUGCUCUAACUCUGCAAACGGAACCGAAUGCCACCCCGUACACCAACAUAUGUGAGCUCUGUACCUGUCGAGAUGAAUCACUGUUGUGUGUUGGUCUCAGCCCAACGCAGAAGCUCCGCCAAGUGCCUGUGCCGAAGCCCAACACCUACAAGAAGGUUCUCACCACCCUAAAUUUCCAUGGAAACGCUAUUGAUUACAUUGAUAAAAAUACAUGGAAAGCAUAUCGUUGGACUGAGAAACUAAUUCUCAGUGAAAAUCGCCUGACUGAACUACGUAAGGAUUCAUUUGAAGGCCUGCUGUCCCUCGAGUAUUUAGAUUUAUCCUGUAAUAAAAUACAGUAUAUUGAAAGAGGGACAUUUGAAUCACUACCUUUUUUGAAGUUUGUAAAUCUUGGUUGCAAUUUCAUCACAGAGUUGAACUUUGGAACAUUUCAGGCAUGGCAUGGAAUGCAGUUUUUACAGCAAGUAAUUCUCAGUCGUAAUCCUCUGACAACUGUCGAAGAUUCCCAUCUUUUUAAAUUGCCAGCAUUAAAGUACCUGGACCUGGGAAAAACACAAGUGCGACUUGGGACACUUGAGAACAUCCUCCUGAUGACUCUUAACUUGGAAAAACUGAUCUUACCUAGCCAUAUGGCCUGCUGCCUCUGCCAAUAUAAAAGUAACAUUGAAGUUGUCUGCAAGACAGUCAAGCUGCAUUGUGACAAUGAAUGUCUGCCAAACACCACACAGUGUCUUGAAGAAGCAUCUAUAGAGAACACAGAAGGAAAAUUCAUGAAGGUGUUACAGACCCGGAAGAAGAGCACAAACACUGAGUUGACUAUUGAACCAGAAAGGGGAUAUGAGGACCAAAAUGGUGUCAGCUCUUCUGGCUUUAUAAAUGAGCAGCCAGACUUUAAUGAUGAUGAAAGUGAUCUCAUUAGUGCACUAAAUUACCUAUUGCCAUUUUUCUCACAGGGAAAUCUAAAAGAUGUAGAAUCAAAAUUGUUACCAUUCAUUAAACUGCUUUUUUUCAAUGUGCAAAAUGGAAAUAAUUCCCCUGGUAAUUUGAAAACUGAUACAAGGAGACCCCCUCUUAAACCUUCUUCAGACAACUCAGCUUACAAAAGUAAAUUGAACAAGCUCUAUUUUCUGGAAAGUUUGUUAGAUGCAGAAAUUCAGGAAAAAAUUGAUGAGGUUAAAAAAGAAAAAACAGCCAUGUUUAUGCAGCCUAGCCUUCUUAGUCCCAAAUCUGAACGCCAAAUCUUUCAAUGGAAAAUGGAUACUGACCAACCCCAGGAAAACAGCCUGGCAGAGACUGCAGAGAAAAGGCUGCAGAGGGUGAACAGAGUCCUCAAGGGGCCAAAAAGCAUACAGAAAAGGCAUUUCAAGGAAGUGAGGAAACAGAGCAUCUGGGGGAGACAGAGUGCCCUGCCUCUUAUGGAGAAUAUUGGUGCAGAAAGAAGGCUUAGGAGACCAUCCCUAGGGGAGCUGCAGAAGCUUCCCAUGGUACAGGAGCCAUGGAAAUCAGAGGAAUUCACCUUCCAAACAGACCCCUCACUCACAGAAGAACAGAAGGCAACUGUCUCUUCUUCCCUGAAUCCAUACUCAGCGGACAUGUCUACUAUUGCAAAACCACUACCUGACGUCAGAAAUAAAGCAAAAGACUUAACCGACACCAUGUUUGUUUUAGAAGAUGCAAAUGCUAGAGUUAAAAACAUAGAGGCUUCUAAACCAAUCAUACAUGACCGAAAAAAUCUCCUUCAUAAAACAGGCUCUCGUGUGGUCCAUGGAACACCUAAGUCAAAACUGACUCAAAAGGUCAGAAAGAAAAAGUCUCGCUUGAGCAUGCUGCUUGCACACAGGCCUCCCUUCCCUGCGGUGAGGAGCCUCAUAAAUUCCCCUUCACAAAGGGCCAUUGCAUCUUUGGGAGACCUGAGUUCUCAGGACAACCCUUUUUCAGAAUUAUAUGCUCUUUCAGAACCUGUUACAGAGGACACUCCUAUACAAAUACAGACUGAAGAAAAUGCUCUUAUGGCAAACACUGAUGAGCCAGAAGAAAGUUUCUCUGAAGCCACAAACCAGGAAGAUGCUGCUGAUGCAGAUUCCAGUGUGGGUGCAUUCAAAAUACCAACUGUGAAACAAACCAAUGAGAUACAAUGGGAGUACCCCAACAUGGGCACUGACUCAACCACCAAGCCCAAAGAUCUCCUUACCACACUGGCAUCCCUGGCUGACCUUCUUGUAUCAAAACUAAUCCAGCAGCUUCAGUCCCUCAUCCCCAACAAUGAUGUGAGAACACUUCUUUCUCAAAUGAUCAAGACCUUAGGGGUUGACUGCUCUGAUGCUGAUGUGCAGAAGGCCUGUUCUAAGCUCAUCCUCAGAACAGGCUACCUAAUGAAACUUCUCAGUGAGGAGCGAGAACACAGUGUGUCCAGAACUGACUGGAUACAGACCACUGGGAAAACAGAGGACUACAUCAGUGACAGUACAGAGCUUCAGCGUGGACAGAAGGGGCAGGAAUCAAGUGAGCUCACACAAGAAGUUCCAGCAUAUGGUUAUGAAAACAAACUUAUCUUGGCAAUACCUGUGGCCAUGGGAGUUACGAUCUUGAUUAUAAUUUUCUGUCUCAUUGAGGUAAGAACCACAAUUCAUUCAGGUUUCCAGGAUAUGUGUUGUCUUUGUAAUAGAAUCAGACCCCACAAACUGAAAACCAAAGGCAUUUUCCCACUCUCUACAGAAAGGUAAUUCCGUGAUGGUGUACACAGUGUUCUUUCUAUAGAAUCAUAUUUCUCAAUGUCAAGCCAUUACAUAGCAUUCGGAAUUUGGGUCAAUCCUGCCAUAUUAGUAAGAUUACAGAGUCUAAUUGUGUAUCUAGGAGUCAGGGACCAGCAUGGGGUUAGUUUGUGAAGACCUCUGGGAAGCUGAUCACUGGCCACUGCACAGGCAGUACCCUCUGCAUCUCCCAGUAGCUUACAGCCAUUCUUGAAAUUUCUAUAAACUCGUAUACUGCUUUUAAUUUGUAUGUUCAGUUCAAGCUGCAUUUGUGUUUAUUUAUGUUUACAUUAUUUCCUCUGCUGUUUAAACGAUAGGCUCUUUGAAAGGACAAAAAGCCUGCAAUAUUUUACCUGAAAUAGAAGGUAAUGGUAGUCAAAAGAAGAGAGAUAUAAGGCAUUGGGUCAACUCCACAAAGAGGAAUAAUACAAUUCAAUAUUUAUUUAAAGUAGCAUGCAGAGUCCAGCAACAGACAGACUAGGUCUUCCCAAGUUUUGUGUGUGUGCUGGAAUUAAAAAAGGGCCUUUCACAUGCUGAGCAUGUACUGUACCACUGAGCUACACUUCUAGCCUAAGACUUCAAAGGUCACCUUCUAAUAAUUCUAGUCAGUGGAACAAACGGUAAUAGAAGAGCUGCCUAACUAUUUAAGAGCAAGUAACAAAACACUGCUACACUUCACCCUAAACAAAUAUAUUUCCAUAAAUAUAAAGACAGACUGGGAGACAAGCCAGAGGGAGAUGGAGGGAGGGAAGAAGGGAGAGAGAGAUAAAGAUUGAGAGGAGAGAGAGAGAGAGAGAGAAACUAAACACAGGCCAUACUUUUAUAGUUUUGUGGUGGAAAGAGCUUUCUAAGUCUGAUACCAUGGGCAGGAACCUUUGGUAGAUUUGACCACCUUGCCUCUGGUGCCAUAGCAAUCUUAGAUUUAUGGGUGCUAGGCAUAGGACAAAGAGUUUUCCAUAGAUCUGAUAUAGUCCUCACAAAAAUCCUGUGAGGCAGAUCUCAUCAGUCCUGUUUUACAAAUGAAGAUCAUUUAAGGCCCCAGUGACAAAACCAAAGGCAUAAAAGCCUCCAAUUUUCCUGGCCAUAAAACUUGAACCACUUACUACCAGUGCUCUGUUUUGCCUCCUUAGAGACAAUACUGGGAAAUAUCUGAAACACUGAGAUCCAAGGAAAACCAUCAAAAACCAUUGAAUGAAUGAAUACAUUUAAUGUAAAACAGGACAAAUACAAUUCACUGGGAAGGGAGUCAGGGCUGUGAAGAGCAGGUGUGUUUCCAGUGGAAACCACCACAUCGAUCAGCCCCCAUCCUCACCCCACACCUUGCCUCAGAGCUUAUGGGAUUUUUGGUUUGGGUUGUUUGUUUGUUUCUUUGUUUUGUACUGGGGUUUGAAUUCAGGAUCUCACACUUGCUAGGCAAAUGACUAGUUUAUUCUUAAGAUAGGAUCUCAAGUUUUUGCCCAGGCCAGGUUAGGACCAUGAUCCUCCCAUCCUCGCAUGCCCUGCCCUGAGUUUUGGAAUUUUAUCACAUAAAUCAUAUACAUCUUUGCGUAAACUUAUUCUCAGGGACUUCCUACAUCUUUAUUGCUAGUGUAAGGAGCUCUUUCAUUUUUCUAAUUCCUAUUGGUGAUACAUGGGAAAGCUAUGGAGGUGUUCGGGCUGAUCUCUUCAUUUUCUAUCUAAUUACAUUAGUGAGUUCAAUUGGUGCCAAUUAAAUUUUAUUUGAUUGUCUUGGGCUUUUUGAAUUGUUCAUCAUUUCACAUACAAAUAAUAUUUUGGCCCUUCCUUUCUAAUGCUUAUAACCCAUUUGUUUGCCUUAUUACAUUGACUGGGACCUCAUCAACAGGGAUGAUUGAAGCACUAAUAAGAAACAUUUUACUCUUGCUUUUGCUCUAAAAACAGCACUGCUAGUUUGCUUUCUGGUAGAUACUUUUUUUUUUUUAAUCCACA